UGAUGUUACUCAGUGACAAGAAAACGAAAAACCCAACACCACAGUCAUCAUCGCCACAGUCAAAGCACUCUUAGCACACAAUAGAGAACACCCUCCUCCUCCCUCUGCUUUGUUCCUCUGUUUCUCUCUCCUAUUUUCUCACACUUUCCCUCUCUUUCCGUCAAAGUUUCAAUUUUUCUCGGCAGCUUUCUUCGUUCUUCAAUACCCCCAAUUUCAAUCUCCACAUUUAGCUCUGGCGUGCAUUUCCGAAGUUGGAUCGUGCUUUGGAGUUUCAGUUCCGAAGCUUUUUCCCGCAUUAGAUUUGAUUUUUUCAGAAUCGUACCACUCUGCCUUACACAUUUGGGGUCCUCAAAUUGGGUGUCAAGUUUAAGGUACACUGUUUUCGGGGCAUUUGGAUUUCAGUGCAUAUCCUUUAGCAGUUGAAUGCAGUUCAAUAAGGCAUAGAUUUGAUGUGGCAUUUUCAAUGAUGAAGUUCAGCUAUCUCAGCUACUUGUAGUGGCUUGUUGCUUAGGGCAGUAUGCCAGUUUUAGUUUUUGGAGAUGCAAAGGUAUCAUGCUGGCAACUGCACUAGUGCAGUCAAUAACAGUACAAUUGGUGGGCCAUCAACUAGGGACAUUGGAAGAACUGAUCCAUCAUCCUUGCCAGCUAACUUUCCUAUAAGUUCAAGGCGCCAACCACCGUUAUACUCAUACAAGUUGAAGUGUGAUAAAGAACCUCUGAACUCUAGGCUUGGGCCCCCAGACUUUCACCCCCAAACACCAAAUUGCCCUGAGGAGACUCUGACCAGAGAAUAUUUGCAAUCUGGAUAUAGGGACACAGUUGAGGGGCUUGAGGAAGCUAGAGAAAUUUCACUGACCCAGGUUCCGAAUUUUAACAAGUCAAUUGUCCUUAAUUGCAAAGAGGCCAUUAGAAAACGUCUAAGGGCCAUAAAUGAAUCUCGUGUUCAGAAGCGGAAGGCUGGUCAAGUCUAUGGAGUGGCUCUUUCAGGAUCACAACUCACGAAGCCUGGUGUUUUCCCUGAACAAAGGCCAUGUCCUGAAGACUUCCGGAAGAAAUGGAUUGAGGGAUUAUCUCAACAGCACAAGCGAUUACGUACUUUGGCUGAUCCUGUCCCUCAUUAUAGAAGGAAAUCAGUAUUAGAGGUUCUUAUUAGGAAUAAUGUUCCUUUGCUGAGGGCUACGUGGUUCAUAAAGGUUACUUACCUCAAUCUGCAGGUUCGUCCUGGUUCUGCCAGUGUUCCUUUUGGGACUAAUGAUAAAACUCAGUUGUCUUGUUCUGAGCUUUGGACCAAAGAUGUUAUUGAAUACAUGCAAACUCUUAUGGAUGAAUUUUUCUCCAAAAAUACAUCUCAUUCUACUCCUCACUGUCAAGAUCGAUCAUCCCAAAUGCCUUAUAGUGCACCGCUUCAGCACAGAAGUGACCAAUUACUAUCUGUUUUUAAUGGUGAAGAACCAUCUUUACAUUUUAGAUGGUGGUAUAUUGUUCGGCUUCUGCAAUGGAAUCAUGCUGAAGGGUUGAUUCUUCCUUCUCUUGUCAUUGACUGGGUUUUGCAUAAACUACAGGAAAAGCAAUUGCUUGAGAUUUGGCAGCUGCUAUUGCCUAUUAUAUAUGGCUUUUUAGAAGUUGUUGUUCUAUCUCAGACAUAUGUACGCACUCUCGCUGGAGCAGCUCUUCGUAUUAUUCGUGACCCCGCUCCUGGUGGAUCAGAUCUAGUAGAUAAUUCCCGGAGGGCAUAUACGACUACUGCUCUGAUUGAGAUGCUCCGGUAUUUAAUACUUGUGGCACCGGAGACUUUCGUUGCUUUGGAUUGCUUUCCUUUACCAUCCUCUGUAGUCUCACAUGCAAUAAAUGAUGGGCAUUUUGUACUUAAAGCAACUGAAGCUGCAGGAAAGAUAAAAAAUAGUUCAGAAGAUAUUGUGUCUGUAUUUAGAAAUAAAGGCCUUGAUGCACAAUACCAGUCAUUGGCAUUUGAUUAUGUUAUUUCAUGCAUUCAAAAGCAUGCAAAUGAUCUCUCAGAGGCUGUAAGUCCAGGGUGUCCGGGUCACUGUCUGGCUAAAGCUGCACAGGCCUUGGAUAAAUCUCUUUUACUUGGUGAUACAUAUGGGGCAUACAGAUUUCUUUUUGAAGGAUUUUGUAAUGGAACUGUAUCUGAAGGUUGGGUUGUAAAAGUCAGCCCUUGCUUAAGGUUAUCGCUGAAGUGGUUUGCGACUGUAAAUACAUCACUUAUUUGUUCUGUGUUUUUCCUUUGUGAAUGGGCAACAUGCGAUUUCAGGGAUUUUAGGACCACACCUCCUUCUGACAUAAAGUUCACAGGUAAGAAAGAUCUUUCCCAAGUGCAUAUAGCAGUCAGACUUUUAAAGAUGAAGCUGAGGGAUAUGCAGAUUGCACCAAGAAAAAAGAAUGGAAACACUCAUAGAGUCAGUUAUUUAGCAAAGUGUUCAAGUCAGAAGAAUAAUUGGAAUUCUAUGACCAAUGCAUCCAAAAUAAAAACUAGUUCAAAAACUAUGGAUCAGAGUAUCUAUUCUUCAGUCAUAUUUGAAAGCCCAGGUCCUCUACAUGAUAUUAUAGUUUGUUGGAUUGAUCAGCAUAUGGUGCAAAAAGGGGAAGGCCGCAGACGCUUACAUCUACUUAUGGUGGAACUCAUACGUGCAGGCAUCUUUUACCCUUUAGCAUAUGCGCGCCAGCUGAUAGUGAGUGGGAUCAUGGAUAUGAAUGUAAAUGCGGUUGACAUAGAGAGACAAAAGAGGCAUAGUCGAAUCUUGAAGCAGCUUCCUGGUAACUUCAUUCGUGAUGCUUUGGAAGAAUCGGGGAUUAUUGAAGGGCCACUGCUUAUUGAAGCCUUACAAGUUUACUUGAAUGAGCGACGCCUUUUACUUCGUGGUUCCUUGAGUGAGAACCAUGUCAAUGCCACUAGUGCCGAAUCUUCUGCUGUUAAGCAAAAACACUGUGCAUCUUCAACAAAAGAUGGAGCUUCUACAGUGUCAAAUGAUCUGUUGAAAACUGUUCCUUCUAUAUUAUCUUCUAAAAUUGUAAAGGAUGACACUAGUGUUGAAGAACUGAAGAAAGUCAUCUCAGAACUGUUACAGCUACCAAAAAAUUUAUCUAAUUUGAGCACUACUGGAUUGGAUGAAUCUCAAGGCAGUGUUAGAAGUCCAAUUAGGUCUCACAGCAAGAUUGAUCUUGCGGAGGCUACGCCUGGGUGUGAAGAAUGUACAAGAGCAAAGAAACAAAAAUUGAGUGAGGAAAGAGGUUCCUUUGCUCAAGCUGAUUCUCUAGUACUUGCUGAUGAUGAAGAGACGUGGUGGAUGAAGAAGGGGCUGAAGCCAGCGGAGCCUCUGAAAGUUGAUCAACCACUUAAGACAACCAAGCAGGUUACUAAGACUCGGCAAAAAUCCGUACGUAAAACCCAGAGUCUUGCUCAUCUGGCAGCUUCUAGAAUUGAGGGUAGCCAAGGGGCAUCAACAAGUCACAUGUGUGAUAAUAAGGUAAAGUGCCCUCACCAUGGAACAUCUAGGGAUGGAGUUACGGUAAAGUCUGUUGAUGGAAUUCGAACUAGUAACUCUGAGGAUAUUAUUUCAGCUGGAAGAGCACUGAAAUGCCUGCGCUUUAUUGAAAAAAAGGAAAUAACAGUUUGGCUGAUUACUGUAGUUAGACAGCUUAUCGAAGAGACUGAAAAAAAUGUUGGUAAAGUUGGUCAGUUUGGCAGGUCUUUUGCUACUGUGGAUGAUAGAAGUUCAAUACGAUGGAAACUUGGUGAGGAUGAACUUUAUGCUUUACUUUAUCUGAUGGAUAUCUCGGAUGAUUUAGUAUCGGCUGUCAAGUUCCUCCUGUGGUUGCUCCCAAAGGUUUACGGUAGCCUGAAUUCUACAAUUCAUAGUGGAAGGAGUGUUUUAAUUCUGCCAAGGAAUGUGGAGAACCAAGUCUGUGAUAUUGGGGAGGCUUUUCUGUUAUCGUCACUGAGAAGGUAUGAGAACAUCCUUGCUGCAGCAGAUCUUAUUCCUGAAGCUCUGUCAUCUUUAAUGCGUCGUGCUGCGUCUAUUAUAGCAUCUAAUGGGAGAGUUUCAGGCUCAGGAGCCCUAGUUUUUGCUCGUCAUCUAUUGAGAAAAUAUAGCAGUGUGGUCAGUGUCAUUGAGUGGGAGAAAAGUUUCAAGACUACAUGCGAUAAGAGGCUUGCUUCUGAACUUGAUUCUGGACGAUCAGUUGAUGGAGAGUUUGGGCUUCCCCUUGGCGUUCCUGCAGGAGUUGAGGACCCUGACAAUUUUUUCCGUCAGAAGACAAGUGGCGGACGAUUGCCAUCCAGAGUAGCUUCAAGCAUGAGAGAUGUUGUACAGCGUCAUGUGGAAGAUGCAUUUCAUUAUCUUUUUGGAAAAGACAGAAAGCUCUUUGCUGCUGCUACACCAAAAGUUUCUGCUUUAGAAAAAUGGGAUAAUGGAUAUCAAAUUGCUCAACAAAUAGUUAUUGGUCUGAUAGAUUGCAUAAGGCAGACUGGUGGUGCUGCUCAAGAAGGUGAUCCCUCUUUGGUCACUUCUGCUGUUUCUGCCAUUGUUGGUAGCGUUGGUCCUACUUUAGCAAUAUUGCCUGAUUUUUCAGCUAGCAAUAAUCAUUCCAAUAUGUCAUUGGCAACAAGUUCAUUGAACUAUGCUAAAUGCCUCCUGCGAAUGCAUAUAACUUGUUUGUGCUUGCUCAAGGAAGCCUUGGGAGAACGCCAUAGUUGUGUAUUUGAGAUUGCUCUUGCAACAGAAGCUUCUACUGCUCUUGCGGGAGUUUUUACUCCAAGUAAAACAUCUCGAGCUCAAUUUCAAAUGUCACCUGAAACUCAUGACACUAGUACUAUUUCAAAUGAUGCUGCAAACAACUCUAGUAAAAUUGUGGUUGCAAGAUCAACAAAAAUUGCUACUGCUGUUUCUGCACUUCUUGUUGGUGCAGUUGUGUAUGGUGUCACCAGCUUGGAGAGAAUUGUAACCAUUCUCAGAUUAAAGGAGGGCCUGAAUGUAAUACAAUUUGUGAGAAGCACAAGAUCCAAUUCAAAUGGAAGUGCACGUUCAGCUGGGGCCUUUAAGGUAGACAGUUCAGUUGAAGUUCAUGUCCAUUGGUUUAGAUUGCUUGUUGGAAACUGCAGAACCAUCUGUGAAGGCUUAGUGGUGGAUCUCUUGGGUGAACCAUCCAUUGUAGCUCUUUCAAGGAUGCAACGCAUGCUUCCUCUAAGUUUGGUCUUUCCACCUGCCUAUUCAAUAUUUGCGUUUGUUAUGUGGCGGUCCUUCAUUAUGAAUGCUAAUGUAGCAGUUCGUGAAGACAUAAACCAACUUUAUCAGUCUCUAACAAUUGCCUUAAGUGAUGCAAUAAGACAUAUGCCUUUUCGAGAUGUAUGUUUUAAUGACUCUCAGUGUCUUUAUGAUCUUAUGGCUGCAGAUACAUGUGAUGCAGAGUUUGCGACUUUGCUAGAGUUGAAUGGCUCCAACAUGCAUUUAAACUCGAAGGCAUUUGUUCCCCUUCGUGCUAGGCUGUUUUUAAAUGCUAUGAUUGAUUGUAAGAUGCCACAAUCCUUUUGUACAAAGGAUGAUGGAGGCCGUACUGCUGGGCGUGGUAAAUCUAAAAUUCAUUUUACAGAUAGUGAAUCUAAGCUUCAGGAUAAGCUUAUAGAUAUUUUGGAUGCUCUGCAACCUGCCAAAUUUCAUUGGCAAUGGGUUGAACUCAGGCUUCUUUUAAACGAACAAGCCCUCAUUGAAAAACUGGAGACACAUGAUAUGUCCUUAGCUGAUGCUAUAAAGUUGUCUUCACCUAGUUCAGAGAAGGCUGGCGCUUCUGAGAAUGAGAACAAUUUUAUUGAAAUAAUUCUGACAAGGUUACUAGUUAGACCUGAUGCUGCACCCCUUUUCUCAGAGUUGAUUCGUCGUUUCGGGAAGUCACUAGAGGAUUCUAUGUUGUUGCAGGCUAAAUGGUUCCUUGGAGGUCAAGAUGUUCUAUUUGGUCGUAAGACCAUUAGGCAACGACUAAUUAACAUUGCAGAGACCAAAGGAUUUUCUGUUAAAACCCGGUUGUCGGAGCCCUGGGGUUGGUGCAGCCCAUGUCCUGAUCCAAUAACUGUGAAGGGGAAAAAACGGAAAUUUGAUUCUGUUUCUCUUGAAGAAGGAGAAGUUAAUGAAGAGGAGGUAGAUGUGAAAAAGUCCACAAAGGGGUUCUCUCAAGUAAUUGACUCUGAAGGCUCAAGCAGUAAACAGCAGCAAGGCACUGAGAGGGCUCUUCUUGAGUUAAUUAUUCCUUGCAUAGAUCAAAGCUCUGAUGAAUCUCGUAAUUCCUUUGCAAAUGAUUUGAUCAAACAAUUAAGUUAUAUUGAGUAUCAAAUAGCUGCAGUUACUCGUGUGCCAGGUAAGCUGGUGGCAAGUUCUCCUCCUGUAAUUGAAGGGCAGGGAACUAAAGCAAAUAGCCGCAGAUCUUUAAGAGGUAGCAGCCCUGGAUUAGCCAGACGUCAAACAGUUCCGACAGAUUCUUGUCCCCCACCUUCCCCUACAGCUUUACGUGUCUCAAUGUCAUUGCGUAUGCAGUUACUCAUGAGAUUUCUUCCUACUCUUUGCACAGACAGGGAGCCCUCUGUGCGGAACAUGAGACACACACUUGCCUCUGUAAUUCUUCGCCUACUUAAUAGUCAGGUGGUUCAUGAGGCUGCAGGCAUUUCAGGGAAUGCUAUGCACUGCUCUCUGCCGAGAGUAGAGGCCGAAUCACUUUCUGAAGCUGCUUUUUCUGCUUCUUUUGUAGAUUCUUCUGUUGAGGGCCUGUUUGAUCGUUUGUUGUUGAUUUUGCAUGGAUUGUUGAGUAGUAGUCCUCCAAGUUGGCUUAGGUUGAAACCUGUUUCAAAGACAACUAUUGAACCUACAAGGGAGUUUUCAGGAUUUGAUCGAGAGUUUUUGGAAACUUUGCAGAAUCACUUGGAUUGUACACAACUGCCUGAUACUGUCCGGUGGCGUAUCCAAGCUGCGAUGCCUGUACUCCCUCCCUCUACGCGGUGUUCUUUCUCGUGCCAGCCACCAACUAUCCCAAUUUCUGCUCUUGCACCUCUUCAAUACAGCAUUACAAAUUCUGGGUUUAACUCCAGCAGCUCCACUAUGAGAAACCAGGUUCCAUUAUCAAAAUCCACAGCAUCAGGGAAGUCAAAACAACAGGACAAUGAUCUGGAAGUUGACCCUUGGACACUUUUAGAAGAUGAUGCUGGAUCUUGCCCUUCUGCAGGUAAUACCGCCACCAUAGGAAGCGGAGACCGCGUUAAUAUUCGAGCUGCCAGCUGGCUUAAAGGGGCCGUAAGGGUGAGACGAACCGACCUUACAUAUGUCGGUGCCAUGGACGAGGAUAGUUGAUUGACAAGAUUUUUGAUUGGUUUGGAGAAUGCAAUUGCGAACCCCUCGGCCGGUGUACUUGUUGUUCCAUUAUGUAUUCCUGGUGCAUGACUGCCAUGAAGGUGCCAUUUUGUGCUUGACCUUCUGUUGAGGGGACAUCAAAUUGAGAAUCAGGUGAAGAGACAAGUGCUUUGAUGAAGAAAAGUGAAGAUUUUUGCCUAGUUGAGUACUAAGUACUAACCUCUUGAUCACCCUCUCAGUCUCUGAACUUGUGCAUUUUCCAGGCAUAGUUCAGAGGUUUGUUUGUUGUAUAUAUAGGAUUAUUGUUUUAAUUUCUCAAUUUAUUUUGAGUAAAUUAAUAUAUUUAGCUUUUUGGUUCUCAUUCAUGUGCCUGUCUGUAUCUUUUGGGGGCGGGCUGCAUGCACACAUGAGGACAAGUAACCAAAGUUUUGUCUGUAUAUUCAUAUAAUCAAAUUUUUAUGUGCAUUCAUCUGGAAAAUUCAGCAUGAAAUGCAGCAUUCUGUUAUUAUUUAUUGCAUGUCCAGAGAGAACUUUAUAA